GUUUUGUUUGUCUCUUCAUCUAGAGUCAGUGGUGGAGAUCAAAGUGUUGAAAUCCAUCAUGGAUGAAACUCAAACAUCUGGAGAUGAAGAUGUUUUCCCAGGAUACAGGCAUUUUGAUUCAGUUCAUCAGAAGAGAUCAGAAGCAGAGCCCAGCUGUGUGUCUAUGAAGAGUGACGGGUCUAUGAUGGAGCCAAUAAAGUUUAACAGUGGAGAUUCACAGUCUGGUCUCAGUCCAGUUCAGAAGAAGAGAUCAGAAGCAGAGUCCAGCUGUGUGUCUAUGAAGAGUGACACAUCUGUGAUUCAACCAUUAGAUUGUAAGAGUGGAGAUACACAGCCUGCUCUCAGUCAUGAUGUCUACAACACAUUUAGAUCAAAUCUGAUGAAGAAGUUUGAGUGUCUGUAUGAGGGAACAGCAAUACAGGGAAACCCAACACUGCUGAAUGAGAUCUACACAGAGCUCUACAUCACAGAGAGUGAGAGUGGAGAGAUCAAUAAUGAGCAUGAGGUGAGACAGAUUGAGACACAAUCCAGGAGAGCAGCAACAGAGGACACAGCCAUCAAAUGCAGUGACAUCUUUAGACCUUUACCUGGACAAGACAAACCCAUCAGAACUGUGCUGACAAAGGGAGUCGCUGGCAUUGGAAAAACAGUCUCUGUGCAGAAGUUCAUCCUGGACUGGGCUGAAGGCAAAGAGAAUCAGGACGUCCAGCUCGUAUUUCCACUUCCUUUCAGAGAGAUCAACUUGAUGAAGAACAAAAAACUCAGUCUUUUAGAUCUUCUUAAUUUAUUUUUCCCAGAAACACAAGAAUUGAAAAUAUCCUGUGAUGAAUAUAAGGUGUUGUUCAUCUUUGAUGGUCUGGAUGAGUGUCGUCUGUCUAUGAACUUUAAGAGCAAAGUGAAACUGUGUAAAGUAUCUGACUCAGUCUCAGUGGACGUGCUGCUGAUGAACCUCAUUGUGGGGAAUCUGCUUCCCUCUGCUCUCAUCUGGAUCACCUCCAGACCAGCAGCAGCUGAUCUCAUUCCCUCUGAGUGUGUCCAUCGAGUGACAGAGGUACGAGGCUUCAAUGAGCCACAGAAGGAGGAAUAUUUCAGGAAGAGAAUCAGUGAUCAGAGUCUGGCCAACAGGAUCAUCUCACACCUGAAGUCAUCAAGGAGCCUCUACAUCAUGUGUCACAUCCCAGUGUUCUGCUGGAUCUCAGCCACUGUUCUAGAGAAGAUGUUGAGUCAAGCAGAGAGUGGAGAGAUUCCCAAGACUCUCACUCAAAUGUACACACACUUCCUGAUCCUUCAGACCAACAUCAAACAUGAGAAGGACUAUGAGAAGAAAGUGAAGGAUGAAGACAUGAUCCUCAAACUGGGGAAACUGGCUUUUCAGCAGCUUGUGAAAGGCAACCUGAUCUUCUAUGAUGAAGACCUGAGAGAGUGUGGCAUUGAUGUGACAGAAGCAUCAGUGUACUCAGGAUUGUGCACUCAGAUCUUCAGAGAGGAGUUGGGCUUGUAUCAGGGGAAAGUCUUCUGCUUUGUUCAUCUGAGCCUUCAGGAACAUCUAGCAGCUCUAUAUGUGCACCUCUCCUUUACAAUCAAGAAGAAAAAUGUAUUUGACCAAAACAAACAAAGUCUGUUGUCUAGGAUUUUUAACCAGAAGAAAUAUAAUUCAUUAUCUGAGCUGCAUCAGAGAGCUGUGAAUGAGGCUUUACAGAGUAAGAAUGGACAUCUGGAUCUUUUCCUGCGUUUCUUUCUGGGUCUCUCAGUGGAGUCCAAUCAGACUCUCUUACAAAAACUACUGACACAAACAGGAAGCUGCUCCUACAACAAAGAGGAAACACUUCAGUACAUCAAACAGAAGAUCAGGGAAAAUCACUCUUCAGAGAAAUCCAUCAAUCUGUUUCACUGUCUGAAUGAACUGGGUGAUGAUUCACUGAUGCAGGAGAUCCAGCGUUAUCUGAAAUCUGGAGAAAUAAAAGAAACCAAACUCUCCUCUUCACAGUGGUCAGCUCUGGUUUAUGUGUUGCUGACAUCAGAGCAGAAGAUGGAUGUUUUUGAUCUAAAACAGUUUAUUGGAAAACAACAUACAACAGAUGAAGUUCUUCAGUAUUUGUUACCUGUGGUUAAAGAAUCCAGAUCAGUUCGGUUAUGUGGAUGUAAUCUCACUGCUCAGUCUUGUGGGAGUUUAUCAUCAGUUUUACAAUCCUCAAACUCUGUCCUGAGAGAGCUGGAUCUGAGUGACAAUCACCUGAAGCAUUCUGGAGUGAAGUGUCUUUGUGAUGGACUGAAAAGUCCAGACUGUCAGCUGGAAAUACUGAGGUUAUGUGGAUGUAACCUCACUGCUAAGUCUUGUGAGAGUUUAUCAUCAGUUUUACAAUCCUCAAACUCUGUCCUGAGAGAGCUGGACCUGAGUAACAAUGACCUGCAGGAUUCUGGAGUGAAGCAUCUUACUGAUGGACUGAAAAGUCCAAACUGUCAGCUGGAGAUUCUGAGGCUAUGUGGAUGUAACCUCACUUCUCAGUCCUGUGAAAGUCUGUCUUCAGCUUUACAAUCCUCCAACUCAAACAUCCCGAGAGAGCUGGACCUGAGUAACAAUGACCUGCAGGAUUCUGGAGUGAAGCUUCUUUCUGAUGGACUGAAGAGUCCAAACUGUGUGCUGGAAAUACUGAGAUUGUCUGGCUGUAUGGUGACAGAGAAAGGCUGUCAUUAUGUGUCUUCAGCUCUGAGUUCAAACCCCUCAAACCUGAGAGAGCUGGAUCUGAGCUACAAUCACCCAGGAGAUUCAGGAGUCAAACUACUCACUGAAAAACUGUUGGAUUCAACCUGCUCACUGGACAAACUCAAUGAUCUGAUACCUGCACCACAGAUGAAUGCUACAUGAAUGCCACAUGAAGACUGCCACCUGGACUACUGAUGAUGAGUUUUGUUUCUUAAAUCCAUGGAAAGAAGCAGCAAUCACUUAAAUAUCAGGUAUAAUUUACUUGUUUCACUUGUUGAACAGAA